AUGGCCCCUCACGCGCAAGUUCCUACGGGCUCCACGAACGGGGCGCUUCGCUCCAACGGCACCGCUGCUUCCUCUCCCGCCACCACUUUCGUCGUCAACUCGCCAAAUGUUGCCUAUACUGACGCCGAGAUCAAGUCCAAGUACAUAUACCGUACUACCAGCGUCGAGACCGACGCCAAUGGGGGCCUUGUUGCUACCCCCAAGGAGACUCAUUAUGACUUCAAGGUCGACCGCAAGGUUCCCAAGGUGGGCAUGAUGUUGGUUGGCUGGGGCGGCAACAACGGCACCACCGUCACCGCUGGCAUUCUCGCCAACCGCCGCAAUCUCGUCUGGGAGACCAAGGAGGGCCCCCGCGAGGCCAACUACUACGGUUCUGUUGUCAUGGCUUCCACCAUGAAGCUCGGUUCUGACGCCAAGACCAAUGCUGACAUCAACAUCCCCUUCCACAAUGUGCUGCCCAUGAUCCACCCAAAUGACCUUGUUAUUGGCGGCUGGGACAUAAGCAAGAUGAACCUGGCUCAAGCCAUGGACCGCGCCCAGGUCCUUGAGCCCACGUUGAAGUCUCUUGUCAAGAAGGAGAUGAACGAAAUGGUCCCCCUCCCUUCCGUCUACUAUCCCGACUUCAUCGCUGCCAACCAGGAAGACCGCGCCGACAAUGUUCUUCAAGGCACCAAGGCCUGCAACGCCCAUGUUGAGAAGCUCCGCCAGGAUAUCCGUGACUUCAAGGCCAAGAAUAACCUCGACAAGGUCAUUGUCAUGUGGACUGCCAACACGGAGCGAUACGCCGACAUCAUUCCUGGGGUAAACGACACUGCCGACAAUCUCCUCAGAUCCAUUGAGCAGGGCCACGAGGAAGUGUCUCCCUCCACGGUCUUUGCGGUCGCCUGCAUCCUUGAGGGAACUCCCUUCAUCAACGGCUCUCCUCAGAACACCUUUGUGCCUGGCGCCAUCCAGCUGGCUGAGAAGCACAAUGCCUUCAUUGGCGGUGAUGAUUUCAAGUCUGGUCAGACCAAGAUGAAGUCUGCCCUCGUCGACUUCCUCAUCAACGCUGGCAUCAAGCUGACUUCGAUUGCCAGCUACAACCACCUUGGCAACAACGAUGGCAAGAACCUGAGCUCCCACAAGCAGUUUCGCUCCAAGGAGAUUUCCAAGUCCAACGUUGUUGACGACAUGGUUGAGGCCAACACCGUACUGUACAAGAAGGGAGAGCACCCUGAUCACUGCGUAGUCAUCAAGUACAUGCCCGCUGUUGCGGACAACAAACGGGCUCUUGACGAAUACUACGCCGAGAUCUUCCUCGGCGGUCAUCAGACUAUUUCCCUGUUUAACAUUUGCGAAGACUCCCUGCUCGCCUCUCCCCUCAUCAUUGAUCUUGUCAUCAUUGCUGAGAUGAUGACCCGUAUCCAGUGGAAGGAUUCUACCUCGCAAGAGGGUUACAAGAACUUUCACAGUGUUCUCAGCGUUCUCAGCUACAUGCUCAAGGCACCGUUGACCCCUCCCGGCACUCCUGUUGUCAACGCCCUUGCUAAGCAGCGCGCCGCCCUGACCAACAUCUUCCGUGCCUGUGUUGGGCUGCAGCCUGAGUCCGACAUGACUCUCGAGCACAAGCUGUUCUAA